AGCAUCUUGCAGCUGGGGCUGCUGGGGAUGUGGCUGCAUGGCUCCAGGAUCCCCAUGGCUCCAGGAUCCCCAUGGCUCUUGCAUUCCCACAAGUCCUGGUCCCACAACAGGGUGUGCAGAGUCAGGCUGGGCUGCUCAGCUGCUUGAGCAAAGUGCUUUUGGUGAGGGCGAUGCUGAGACAGCACUGGGCAGUGGUCGGUGUUGGUGAGGGGCAGUGCUUCUUCUUCUCCUCUUUGCCUUUUCCAUCGGGGCAGCUGCUGGCCCCUUCCUUCCAGUGCUCAUUUGGGUCUUGCUAUUUCCCGGAGCUGGGUUCCUGUCCUCCCUCCUCCUCCUCCUCCUCACUGGAUUGGGCCCAAAGCCCUGUGAACACGCUGGGGGAUUUGUGUGGUUUGGCUUUGUAAUGAUUAUCCGAUCUUUUUGGCUUUUGGAUCUGAAGUUCUGCAGAUCACUGUGGCAGUGUUUCUGGUUGGGGUUCCUUUUGUUGCUGUUGUUUCUUUUUGUCUCUGGGCAGAGUAUUUGCGUACCGUGGGGUAAUUUGUCUGUACUGGUGAUGCUUGGACUGUGCUCAGACGGCUUUGCACCUUCCCCUCUAUUCUGCGCCAUCAUUCAGGCAACAGUCAGGCAAACCACCCCUGUGUGUGACAGCACUGUGAUGGGAAACCUGCCCUUCUCCCAGUGGAUAACAGCAAAUGAACCCGGUGGGCUCCGAAGCCCUGCUGGGUGGAUGCUGAUCUCCUGUGUUGUCACAUUCCUUGGCCAAAAUGAAAUGCGUCCAAAAAUGACUCCAGAAGCAGGAGCUAAAAGCUCACUGGUCCCAUAGCACGGACUUAAAUCAGUCUUCCUUCUCCAAAAGGAGCGGUCAGGCACUGGGACAAGCAGCCUGGUGGAGCCUUUUCCAACCUUGAUCCUGUGAUUCCAAGUCAAAGUUUUUUUGUGGAAGAAAUCUGAUUACUCUCUGGCUUUAUUAGAAUAGCGUGGGGGUUCACGGGGAGAAGUGGAGGGUGUGAGAGCUGUGGGUGCCGGUUGCGUCCAAAGGAUUUUUGUCCUUCCUCUGUGCCGGGGCCUGGGGUGAACACAUUCAAUACAAACCCAGGUUUAUGGGGUUAGCGAUGGCAGUGGGAAACCUUUGGGGAACCCAGUGCUGUAUGGGUGAUUUCAAUGGCUCAGCAGAUCCUGCUGCAGCAGAGCUCGGGGUGCACUGCGUGCUGCUGGCACAGCGUCGUUAUCCGGGCUGAGCCCGUGCAUCCUCCUGGGACUCUUCGUAUGUAUGGCCAAGAGGAGACGUGUGGCUGUGUUCAUUGAUAAUGCCCUGCUGAGCUGCGUUAGGGCUCCAAAAAGAAAAUCCCAGCCCUGGGGAAGGCUCUCCUGUGCUGCCGGGGGGGGAGCAGCUGUGUUUUCACGUGUUGGCGCUCUGCCAUUACAAUGAGUCUCUCAGAACUCAAGGUGUAGACUCACUGGCAGAUUUCCCGUGAGAGCAUCCAAAUCCCGACGUCCCACACCCACAUCCCACUGCAGGAAAGCUGCAAUGCCACGAGGCUGAGCCACCAGCCAGGACCACAGCCAGCAAGCACGGGCACCGGCAGCAGGACGGCGGUGGGGAGAUGGGCUUGCUCGCAGGGCAGCACGAGCUGGCAGCAGCCUGCUGCAUGGCAUUGCUCACUGCUGCCUUCCCGUGCAGCAGCUCGGGCUGGCAGCUUGCAUGCGCUUGCAUGCUCGAAGCAAAAUCAUUCCUGAACAGUGCAUUUCACCAUUUGCCAUCACUUGUUAUGCAUUUUCGGGACAGAAUAACCCCAGUGUUGAACUUGAUGUACAAGAUUGCAAAACAGUGCAAUUGUGGAGAAUGUGGGCAUGUUGGAGCCUGAGGGGCAGUGGUUUGUAGGCAGCACUGCUCCUGGCCACCUCCUGGGGACAUUUCCUGGUCCCCAGAGGCUCAGAGCCCACGGGACCUGCACUGGGCUCAUUGCUCCUCAAGUACAGAGCUUGCCUGGGGCAGAUGGUGAAGCACCAGCGAGCACGUUGCAUGCUGGUUGCUCUCAAUUGCUCUGCCCUCAGUGCUGGGGGGUUUCCAGCAUGCCCCAGGGUUUCAGGCUGCCCCUUGCACUGCUGCUGUCCUUCUCUUUCUGCAAUACACCAUGGCUAGGCUGCAAGCAGUCAUUUAUCUGGCUGGACUGCUACUGCUUCACAGCCUGAACCAGGGCAUAAUGCAGCCCUUGGUGGAUUUGCAGCCCUCGGAGCCACACGUGAGCUGUGCAGGGAAGCAGCAGUAUUACAUGUAUUACAAGUGUGCAUGGAGAGCCCGUGGGCAGGCCUCGUGCAGCCCCUUUGAACCAGUGUUGAGCUGCAGGGUGAGGAGACGAGCAUCCCACUCAGUGCAGAGGGGGCACCAAACUGCCCUGCCCCUGCUGGGGGCUGGAAACCUAAAUCUGCACAAAGCCUCCCCAUGCAGGGCUUGGUGCCCCACGCUCGUGGCGAGGCUCCUCUGCUCUUCUCCUUGCUCGUCUUUUAAGAGGAAAAUAAUCACUUCAAAAUGAUUUUCAAGCCUUGGGGUCCUCUUCUUUUCACUCUUUGCCCACAAAGCCACAUGCUGGGCUCGGGCUCUAGCAGGGUACACCCCGGGGUGGGUGCAGGGCCCCAUCCUGCAGCUGACUAGCAGAGGCUCUGCUCUGUUGUAGGGUCGUCACGGGGCCCCAGCCCGCUCACCAUGGGGGCACAGGACACCCUGCCUGUCGCUGCCGCCUUCACCGAGACCGUCAAUGCGUACUUCAAGGGAGCUGAUCCCAGCAAGUGCAUCGUGAAGAUCACGGGGGAGAUGGUGCUGUCCUUCCCGGCAGGCAUUACCCGACACUUUGCCAACAACCCUGCUCCGGCAGUGCUCACCUUCCGCGUGCUGAACUACAACCGGCUGGAGCACGUCCUGCCAAACCCCCAGCUCCUCUGCUGUGACAGCACGCAGAGCGAUGCCAGCACGAAGGAGUUCUGGGUCAACAUGCCAAACCUGAUGACGCACCUCAAGAAGGUAUCGGAGCAGAAACCACAAGCAACCUAUUACAAUGUGGAUAUGCUCAAGUACCAGGUAUCUGCCCAGGGUAUUCAGUCUACUCCAUUAAACCUUGCAGUGAGCUGGCGGUGUGAACCUGCAAGCACUGACCUCCGCAUCGACUACAAAUACAAUACAGAGGCAAUGACCACACCAGUAGCUCUAAACAACGUCCAGUUCCUCGUCCCCGUUGAUGGAGGAGUAACCAAGCUGCAGGCUGUGCUCCCACCCGCUGUCUGGAAUGCAGAGCAGCAGAGGAUAUUGUGGAAGAUCCCUGAUAUCUCUCAGAAGUCGGAGAAUGGAGGCGUGGGCUCGCUGCUGGCCCGCUUCCAGCUGGCGGAGGGGCCCAGCUCCCCAGCCCCCCUGGCCGUGCAGUUCACCAGCGAGGGCAGCACGCUCUCCAGCUGUGACAUUGAGCUCGUCGGUGCCGGCUACCGCUUCUCGCUCAUCAAGAAGAGGUUCGCGGCAGGUAAAUACUUGGCUGAUAACUGAAGGAAACACAUGGAAAAUAACCAAGGACUACUGUGAGCGGAACGGGUUUUAAUUACAGCUUAAGGAAAAUGAACUAAAUCCUGCACUUGGGACAUUUCCGUCAGAAGUGUCGAUGACUUUCAGAUUUUUUCCUCAGAAAACACCGUCUUGACCAGUCCUACAGUAUUUACUUCUAGAUGUAACAUUGUUAAUGGUUUUAAAAUGUAAUUAUUGUAUUUGUAAAUUGUACUCAUUCCAGUAAGGCCGUAUUUUGGAAGUUAGACACUUGAGUUUUAGCCUUUUACCAUUCAUGAAAUGGAUGUAAUUUAAACUGUGGUAUAUAAAUUUAAUAGUAGUACUGUUGAAUGGCACAAUGCUUACAGAGGUAGAUUACAUUUUGUCAAUAUAUACGAUUUAAAUUCGGUGCAGAUAGCUGUUAUGGGGGGUGCCUCACCGAGGGAGCUCCUUUACUCCCCUCCUGCCCACAGCGUGUCUCAUGGUGGCGAAUAAAGCUCUCCACCUUCAGGUUCAGCUGCUUGACGUGCAGAGCAGUGUUUCUGUGCAGGUGGAGCUCACAGUGGCACUGUGGUUUUGGGGAUGCAUUCCCAGAGCAGGCUCCGGAUUUUUGGUUGCGUUUCCACCGUCCUUUGCUUGCUUCUUCUAUUCAUUUCCUCCACUUUCUGAAAGCCCCACAGGUUUAGGAAGUGCUGUAAGGGUGUGCAGCCCCAUGCUUUUCCUUUUUACCGAUUAGGAGGGGAAAAAUGAUAUCUCUAUACACAGAUACUGAGAAAUGAAGGCAGCACGACCUGACCCUGCCAAAAGCAGCAGCAUUGGGAGCAGCUGUCUCAUGGAGAUGGGAAAACCUUCAAGAGCUGUGCGGAGGUGGAGAGCUCGUUUCAAUGGGGAGCAAAGGAGAAGGCAGCAAUCCGUGCCCAUCCUAAAGGAGAAUAGGAAUGUCUGGAGCUGCUUCAGCUCUGGGAUGGCUCCUGGUUUGGGAUGUGUGUUGCAGGAUGGGCGCUCUGUGUGCACGUUCAUGCAAAGCGUGAAUGCAGGAGGAAAGCACGACUCUGUUACCCAAAUCCACACAGCUUUGCAGAUUUGGAAGCAAACCCGCCAGCACUCCCGGAUGGAGCGCUCUGCCCCUCCCAGCUAUUUGCUCCCCUCUCAAAUGGAAAUAUGUACAAAUGAUGGGACCCAGCCCUUCCUGACAUAGGGCAGAACCUAAAGUUUCUGCCCCAUCAGUUCAUGCUGUGUACAAUUGUUAUAAACUCAUGCUUCCAGAGGACAUCUAUGCCAUAGUCCCGAAAAUAGGGAUUUUAUAAUGUAAAUAUGACCAGAACAUAGAUAUUUUACUUUAUAUUUCAUUUGAAAGACAAGCUGUUUACAUUAGCAUUGGGAUUUUAAAUGCUUUUUAAGGAAAAAAGAAGAAAACCAAAUAACCCAAAGCCCAGCCCAGCUCCCCUCCUCCCGGUGCCGCUCACUGCUGGGACCCAAAUGGGUGCUGUGGGUCAGGUCCUUCUCAUGCUGGUGUUGCCAAUGCCUUGCACAGCGUUUGGGUUCAUUCUUAGCUGUUGCUUCCCCAUUGAAUGCUGCUCCUCUGUUCUGCUGUAGGGCUGCUGUGCGCUCAUCCCUUAGCUCUGCUUCUUUACAAAUCUUCAUUUUGAAGCAUACUCUGACCAAAAUCGAUGGCAUUUGAGGAGACACCCGAGGUCAGGGAUGGGGCUCUGAGCACCUACGGGGCUGUGGGUGUUCCUGUUCAUUGCAGGGACUGGGACCAGGUGGAUCCCUUCCAGCUCAAACGAUUCUUUCUAUGAACAUCACUACAUUGUACAUUCCCUACAAAAAAUUCCUGUCCUAAGGACCUCAUUUCAUCACCAGAAUUAUUCUUUUCUUCUUGCCUCUCACAAGCUGGCAAGGAAAGCAAUCUUUGUAGAGCUGAGGACUCCUAUGGCUGCAGUUGUUCUCAUCCCUCUUUCACUGCAAGGAGAGACAAAGCCCUGUAGGAACAGCUGGGCUCUGACAGCUUUAGCACGCGCUUGGAGCACCUUGCUGCUUUGUUAGACUGCUCUCUCUUGACAUGCAGGAGGUCACUGUGGAAAUGCCAUGCUAGAAUUCUGUCCGUAACCCAUGUAGGGACACCUGAAACCCACCUCUUUCUCCCAGCUCCAUCCAGAGCGCUCUGGGGCUGAUGAAGAUGAUGCCCAGGUGCUUUGGUAGUGUGUGCGCAUCCAAAACGGAGCGGUGAUUUGGGAUGGGAAUGGCAUCGGGGCAGAGGGGGAGGUGGGGCUGCUGAGCUCAGAGGGACCCCCAGCCUCCAAUUGGGAUCCCCAGGGCACGGCCCGACAGAAGCUCUAUCGUUUUACGAAAUCCCUCGUGUAUAAAAUGUUUAUAAAUAUUUGUGGAUGAAGAUACACAGGUCUAUUUUUAAGAUUUAAGUUAAAUAAGUUAACGAAUGGCUGGCCUUUUUUGCCUCGACGUGCAAUGGGAUCUAUUAUACCUUUAGUCUCCGAUGGCCUAGGUACUGCUUAGUCUGUGAUGAAAACUUUGCUGCUUACCCAAUGUUCUCAGAGAAAAGCUGUAAGAGGCGUACAGGUUUGUUGCACACGGACUACUGCAGCAAAGCUUUGUAUUUGACCACUGGUAAUAUGAAUGUGUUGUAUUGACUUGUUGAAGAUAAUCAUGAGACAACAUAUUUUAAAUGUUACUUGCCUUAUAGAUUAGGAUACGGAUACGUGGAUAUCAUUUUUGUAAAUAAUGUUUUUAUAAAUGUCUUUCCUCCAUUCUCCCCAUCAUCCACUCCACCAAAUCUCGAAUAUGCAAUUAUUUACCACGCAUAAUAUUGCAACAAAUAAACCCCCACAUCAGAACAAAAUUUAUUAAUCCUAUACAUGAGAACCACAUGAAACACCCCCUUAAGUUGCAAUUUAAAUGUGAUUUUU